AGGUGGUGGCAGAAUGAACCCGUGCCUCCGAGGCCCCUUUCCUUGUGGAGGUCCCUGGAGAGCAGUCUUGGGCCUUUAAGGGUCAACAUGACUGAAAGAUAUGUGAAGUUGUUCUUGCGCAGGGUGGUGCCAGCCCAAGGGGGCGAAACAGAAAACUGCCUGGCCCAAGUCAGUGGGGUCCUGCCAGAUCAGAACAUAUCUGAAGAGGAAAAGCUCAAGCCCUUGAUGUAACACUUUCCCAGUACCUUCAAGGGCUGGGGGGGGGCGGUGUUUGGGGGGAAGGACAUGCACUUGCCCCAGGAGGCCAACCCCAACCUAAGUGGGGCAAAUGUCUUGCUCCUGAUGAAAUUGGUGUUUGGGGAGUCUGAAAGCAGUGGGACAUUUCAAGAGAAAGUCUCCCUGUAUAUAAUCCCUUUAGACAUGUAGCUCCGGAGUGCUACUCAGGCAGUCAGAGUUGAGAAAAAUACAAUCCAGACUUGCCCACAACAGCUGCUUUUAGGGCCUGAGCUGAGUGGGGACCUGAACAUCAGGCUGGAGUGUCUUCUUGGGAUGUAUGCCAAUGAGCAGCAGCCUCUUCCCAAUUUCCUGGAGUUAAUUGAGAUGAUAAGGGAGGAAAAGGAUUGGGGUGACCCUUUUAUGAACUACAAAAGAUCUGAGCUAAUCAUGGAGAAGGCAACCAGCCUUGUGGCAUUUCAGGGGCUCCAGCCAGCCCUGAUCAGCAGCUGUCAUGUGAUGGAGAUAGAUGAUACCUUGGGUGACUUGGGUGAAGAUGUGACCCCGGUGUCUCUCCGGCCCUCCAGUUACAUCUCUAGGUGUCCCUCCCCCAGAUGUAGGAUCAAAUACUGGUCACCCAGUUCUGGUGGUCCAUCUCCUUCCACCAGUGGGGAUUCUGGCUAUAAAAAUAAUGGUCCUAGGAAGACUUUUAGAUGCAGGAGGCAAAAACACACAACUCACUAUUUCUGUUGUGGUGGGGAGGGCCACUAAACCUGUGCCAACGAGAACAACAGGGCCCAGGUGUUUGAGAAUCUGAUCAUUAUCUUGAGGGAGCUGACACAGGGGGAGGUGGGGUCAAAGGUCCCUGGCCAACACAGUUACCCCUCCAACUCACAGAGUCACACUUUCGAAACCCAGCCCUAA